CCGUUCAUUCCGCCAGCCGGUCACGUGACAGCAGUAGGGUUACGUAAACCUCCGCCCCGGAGGUUGCAUAAAUACCGUAAUGCUCUGGAAGAAUAGCACGAAUAGUAGCUCUCGUAGUACUGCGCCAAAACUCAUUCAUUUUUAGCUAUUAAGCUUUUAAAUACAUACACACUAGCACUACUCUUACUAAUUAUACUAACGUUGCUUUGAAAACAGUCACCGUGGUAUUUCGUUAUAUUCGGCUGACUAGUAAGCCACUUAAUUAUUUUUAAACCGGUCAAAUAACAACUCCGACAGAGUUGUUACUGCUUGCUGUGGUCCUUUAGCGCCAUGUGGAUUCAUUACUAACCGUGAAAAACUUAUGACAGAGAGCUGAUUGGCAAACUAUAUUCAUGCCGAAUCUUAGACUGUAUGUUUCCUAAUACAUAAAUAACAUUAAAGUAUGUGCUUACUCUAGCUGGGGACUAAUACACUCAAAAUGUAUGUUUUACAACCAUAUUAUACCUUAUAUCUUUUUUUCUAGUCACUCAUUGCGAAUUUUCACAAUCAAAACCAACACUGUCUAACUUGUUUUUUGUCAUCCAAUUGAAUUAAAACAGGUAACGUUAUAUUCAAAAAUAUAAUUUAUAAAAAGAGUUACCCACUGUCGCAAAGCGAGGCUUUACGGUAAAAGGAGGCGGGGCUAAAUUCCAACCAGGAAGUUUACAACACCGCUUGGUGUUUACACAUGCUGGCGGCUUCACGUGGAGGAUAUUUCCACUAUUAACAUGUCUUCAAAGAAAAACAAAAGCAAAUCGAAAAGGACGAGUGAAGGGGACAGCUCGAAUGAUUCCUCCAGCCUGACGACAUCCGGCCAAGAGGGAGGAAGGAGCUUAAGCAGCCACUCGUUCACUGUCAUCGAUUUCAUUGACAAAGCUGACGACAAAACGCCCAAAAGUUGCAGAUCCACUUUAGUCCAGCUGAGCCUGAACUCCAUGAAGUCAGCCGGCGUUUGCAUCGGGAGGCCGGUCCUGCUGACGAGUCCCGCGGGACGACAGGAGGUGUGCUCGGGUUGGCCGGCUGCCUCCUUUCCCGCUAGAAAAGUGGGCCUCCAGAGGUGCGCUCAGAAUAACCUCCGAGUGAAGCCCGGGGACGAGGUGACGCUGCAGCCGCUAACGGGUCCUGUGCUGCAGGCCGAGGAGGUGCUUCUCUCGAACAGGUCCAAAGAUGACACACUGGAGACAGACGAGUUCAAGAACUUCUUUGUGCAGACUCUGGUUGGGAACGUCAUUUUGCCGGGAAACGUCAUCUCGCUGAACUACUUCGGCCGCUCCUGCGGCCUGCGGGUGGAGUCCGUGAGGGGGGAGGACGGCGUCACCCUCCAGAGACCGGCCGCCGCCGCGGCGGACUCCUCCGCGAUGAACUCCGUGCUGGACUCCACUUCGGCCGACCUCUCCCUGCAGCUCGGCCUGCUGACCGUGGAGGACGUCGCCGCCGACGGGGCGCCGAGCCCGACCGGAGAGCCCGGCCGCGCCGCCAGCACGCCGCGCCGGCCGGCGCGCCCGGCCUUCGUCUCCUCCCCCUUUGAGUUUGUCGCGGAGGAGUCCCCCUCGUGCCCAGGCCCCGCAUAA